AGCAUCUUAGUAAAUUUACAUCACGUAAUGUCUUUUAGUGUUCCCCCCCAGCACAGCGUGUUGGUUUAGCUAGCAUCAGGUUAGUUUGCUUUGUCCCAUCAUCGUGGCGACCAUGGACAACAACAAUCCGGGAUCAGGCGUUUAUAACGGUGGCAUUUUCGGUGGUGGAUCCGCUACGUAUUCUGGAGUACCGCUGACUGGAUUGAACCCGAUCUCACCCUACCUCAACAUUGACCCUCGCUACCUUCUUCAGGAUACAGAUGAAUUCAUAUCACUCACUGGAGCAAACGAAACGCGUGGACGCUUAGUGCUAAGCUUCUUCACCAUUGGAGGAUCCUACAUGACUGGAGCUGCCUUUGGAUCGCUGAGCGGGCUUCGUCAGGGCCUGAAGGAGACCAGAGAUAUGACAUGGAGAAAACCCAGAAAUGUACAAAUUGUAAACAUGAUCAAACAGCAGGGGGCGUCAUGGGGUAACGCGUUAGGAUCGAUAGCUCUGAUGUACAGCCUGUUUGGUGUCGCUAUAGAAAAAGCCAGAGGAGCAGAAGAUGCCGUUAACACAGUAGCUGCUGGAACGUUAACAGGGAUGAUGGUUAAAUCCACAGGUGGACUAAAAAGUGCUGCCAGGGGAGGCGUUAUUGGAUUAGCCAUAUCAGGAUUAUACACUCUCUACAACACCUGGGGAUAACCUUAAAGACACAGCUUUGAACUGAUCCUGUUUAAGUGGACGGAGUCGUCGCCACCAGUGGGUACUCACUGGAUUAAAGAGGUCUUGUAUUUUUUUUCAUCUAGAAAAGAUUCGUUAUU